AUGGCUGCUGAAGCGUCUUCUACCACCAAUGGCUCCAAGUCUCUCGCUGCCAUGCUUGAGGCGCAACACGACGAGGCCCAUAAGGCGACGGUCGAGGACGUUGUGGAUGAGGAGGAUCUCAAGCACCCCCCCUCCCUCGUCUCUCCCGUCACCCCCGCCGAGUCAUCCUCCCCAUCUCCAGUACCGAAACCCGCCAUGAAGAAGACACCCGCAUUCGACGUACAAUCCGAAGAACUUUUCCCCGCGCUGGGAAGCGGGCCGAAACCUGCUGCCCCUGCUGCGGCUACAUGGGGCGCAAAGAAACCCUCAGCGGCUGCGGCUGUUGCGAACGGUCUCCCGGCCCAGCCAAUGGGUGAGUCAAUCAACAGAAAGAUCCCGAAAAAUUUAGCUCUCAUUACUGAGAUCAAACCAACAGAUGUUCCCCGGGUCAUGUCGCUUCCGGGAAAGCACAUGGAGCAGCUUCGCUUGGCUCCGUCCCAGAUGCUCCCGCGCGGUCAACUCAAGAAACCCUUGCGGGAUAUCCUUCGUGAUAUUUCUCGCGGAUCUAAGGCUACUGUGGACAUGCGUGGUGGCAACAAUGGCCAAAUUAUCUUUGAAGGAAAAGGUUCUGUUGAUGCCGUUCGACAGGCCUUGAAAGAGGUCGCGCAACAGGUUGGAUCCAAGCAAUCAGUUCGCGUCCCGAUCCCGACCUCCGCUCGUCCUCACAUCAUUGGCCGCCAGGGUGCGGUGGUUCAAGAUAUCCAAAGCCGCACUGGUGCUCGUGUCCAGGUCCCUCGCGCCGAUGAUAACGCUGCCCCCGCCGACGAUGACGACAGCGAUACCAUUGACGUGUUGAUUGAGGGUGAUGCAGUGGCUGCAGAAAUGGCGCGCCGCGAGAUCGAGGCUAUCGUGAAGGAGCGUGGCUCUAACAUGAGCCUGCGCUUGAAGACCAUUCCCCCGGAGUUUUUCCCCUUCAUCGCUGGUGCUCACGACGCUACUCUGCGUGAAAUCGAAGAGCGUACCAAGGCGCAGGUUCAUGUCCCACGUUACGACACCUGGUCUAGCCAGCCGCCUCCUCAGGAAGCCCAACCUGGCCAGGUGCAAUUUGUGCCCUGUGCCGACAAGCACAUUCUCAUUUCCGGUGAGCGGGCUGCCGCCCAAGAAGCCCGCGCAGAGAUCGAGAGUAUGGCAGCUGAGCUGCAGCGCAAGUUGACUCUGCGCCAAUUGGCAAUAAACCGCGGCCAGCAUCAGUUCAUUCUCGGAAACGAAGCCGAUGCCCUGCACAAAUUCCUCGCUCAGACCGGAUGCGCCAUUGUCCUUCCUCCGGCUUCCGAUGACAGCGAAUUCCUUACCAUCACUGGCCCUCUGAACCAGAUCGAGUCCGGUAUUAACUAUGCUAUGGAUCUCGCUACUAGUAUGCAGAUGGCCAGCAUUGACUUGUCCCGCCAACACCCCGGUGCUCCCGCCGGUCCUCAUGCCCACGCUCGCGCCUUGACGCAGUAUCUCCGCCGCCGUCAGAUCAUCAAGCAACUCGAGUCUGCGUACGAUGCCCACAUUGCGCUUCCCCCGAGCGCCGACGGACCUGUCACCUGGGAGGUUUACUCUCGCGACGGCAAGAACACCAUUCGUGCUCGCUCCGACAUCAUGAACCUUGUCCAGGCUCACCCGCCCUCCCGCCUGCGCCAUGUCCCGAUUGACCCAUAUUUCCACUCUUACCUGCGUUCGCGCAGUGCCAACAAGCUCCAAAGUGACUACGGUGUCCACCUGCUUGUUCCCGAUGACGUGAACAGCCCCGAAGUUGUCCUUGUGUACGAGGGUCCUUCUGCUACUGCCUCUAACUUCGAGGUCUCUCGUCAACGCCCGUCCCCGGCCGAGGUCUCGGCCUUCGAGAAGUCGCUGAAGGAGGCCCAAGAGUACUUGCUGGGCAUUCUCGGAAACCAGAGCGAUAUUGUUGCCAAAGUCGUCUCGGUCCCUGCCAAAUACCAGGAGAAGGCGCGCAAGUUCAUCAUCCGCGAGCAGGAUGCCAAGGGCGACGAGAACAUUCCUGUGCGCGCUAUUGUCGGUGAUGCCAAGGGAUCCAAGUGCGAGAUUGCUCUCCGCGGACCUUCCGCCCUGGUGGAUGAGCUUUCUGCCAAGAUUAAUGCUUUCGUUACUCAACAGGAGCAGGAUGACCUUGAGCGUGGCUACACUACCACCUUUGACUUCCCCCAGAAGUUCGCCAACUUCCUUAUUGGCAAGCGCGGCGAGAACAUCAACAAGCUCCGCGAGGAGUUCGAUGUCGAUAUCAAGGUGGAGAAUGGCAAGGUCGAAGUUAAGGGACCCAAGGCCAAGGCUGAUGCCGCUCGCAUGCGCAUCAUCAACCUUGGCAAGAAACUGGAGGAUGAGACUACUCACAUCCUAAAAAUUCCCGCUCAAUACCAUCGUGAGCUGAUUGGACAGCGUGGAAACCAGGUCAACCGUCUUCAGGAUCGUUACUCCGUCCGGGUCCAGUUCCCCCGUGCAACUGUCGUGGAUGAUGCGGCCACGGAUGCUGGUAGCGACGCCGGUGGUGCUCGCGCCGGUCGUCCCCAGCAGGCUGCGGAUGAAGUGUUGGUCAAGGGCCCCAGCAAGGGUGCCGACUCUGCUCGGGAUGAACUCCUUAGUUUGUGGCAAUACGUCGUUGAGACCUCCCACAUUGCCAAUGUUUCCGUUGCCCAAAGUCAGGUCGCCUCGCUGAUUGGCCAGCGCGGUCGUGAAAUGGACAAGCUCCGUGCGGACACCGGUGCCCAGAUCGAUGUUCCAAGUGCCAGCGAUGCUCCUGAUGCGUCGGGACGUGUUCAAAUUCGCAUCAAGGGUACCAAGCAACAGGUUGCGGAAGCCAGGAAGAUCCUGACCCAGCGGGCCAGCGAGUUCGAUGCUACCGUCACCAAGUCGAUUGACGUGGAUAAGAAGCAUCACAAGGCCCUGAUUGGUGGAGGUGGUGCCAACAUUCGCAAGAUCGUGGUUGACGCUGGUGGCCCCAACGACGGUAGUGCUGCUCGCAUGGUCCGUUUCCCGCGUCCCGAUAGCACCGAAUCAACCAUCCGCCUUGAGGGCAAUGGCAAGAUCGUCGAUAGCAUUAUUGCUGCCAUCGAGGCCUUCGUUAAAGAGCGUGAGGAUCAGGUCACCGAGAUUCUCGAGGUUCCUACUGCUCAGCACCGCCUGUUGAUUGGUCGUGGUGGUGAUACUCGCCGUGGCAUUGAGUCCAAGUUCAAUGUGACCCUUGACAUCCCCAAGCAGGGAUCCGGCCGCACUGAUGUCAAGCUCAAGGGCCCCAGUAACGCUGUUGCCGAGGCCAAGGAGCACGUUCAGGGUAUGCUGAAGGAGCAGCACGCCGAGACUGCUGAGGUCCCUACCUACCUGCACCAUGUCGUUGCCGACAAUGGCGCCUUCUUCCGUCGUCUUCGCAACGAAUACCAGGUCACUGUCGACCACGCUGGUAAAUCCGUUCCCGCCGUACGAGCUGCGGAUGAGACCCGAUCUGCUGCCAAUGGCACUUCGCUUCCCCUCAUCACUGAUGACGCUGAGGCGGCUGUUGACGCUCACUCUUGGAACGUGGUCGACAAUGCUAAGUCUGCAGAUGCCGAUGUCAGCCCCUUCCCCUGGGUUCUGACUGGCUCCCCCGACAAUGUUGCCAAGGCCCGUGUCGCCAUCACCAAGGCCAUUGACUCUGCGCAGAAGCAGUCUGCUACCGGAUAUCUGAUCCUGCCAGACCCCAAGACCUAUCGUUUCGUGGUUGGUCAAGGUGGUAGCCAAAUUAACGCCAUCCGCAAAAAGACUGGUUGCCGAAUCAACGUCCCCAAGGACCAGGCUCACGGCGAGGCGAUUGAGAUCCGUGGCAGCUCCACUGGUUUGGAGGAGGCCAAGGACAUGAUUCUCGAGGCUGUUCAGAACGGGCUGAACGGCUCUACCCGGUGA